AUGCCUGGUGCGAUAGCCUUGGCGGCGAUUUUCAUGCUGAUGCUCAUUGAGAUGGCAUUCCACCCUGCUCGCCGUCAUCCGGAGGUUUCAGGUGACACUGGAGGUGUUCGUGAGGAUACAGCUGCGCGAACCAACACAGCAACACACCCGGCUACCAUGCGCCCUAUAAUUGGCAGAUCGUCGAGUAUUGGUAGGAGAUUAUCGCGAAUCGACCGCCCUGAUGAAGAACGGCAGAUCUCCGCGGAGCGGAUACAACGAGAGGAGAAACAGCGAAGAGAUAUGAUGCAUUGCGUCAUGCUUGAAGCUGGGAUACUGUUUCAUAGCAUCUUCAUUGGCAUGGCGCUGAGUGUUUCCAUCAACAACGAAUUCGUCGUCCUGCUCAUUGCUAUUGCCUUCCAUCAAACAUUCGAAGGGCUGGCCCUUGGAUCUCGAAUCGCUGACAUUGGUUGGCACGAAAAAGCGUGGAAGCCGUGGCUGAUGGCGUUGGCAUAUGGAUGCACAACUCCUUUGGGCCAGGCCAUUGGUCUUGCGACCCAUUCAUUUUAUAACCAGGACUCGGAGGUCGGCCUUCUGGUUGUCGGUUGUAUGAACGCAAUCUCGGCAGGGCUACUCACGUUCCAAUCUCUCGUUGAGCUCUUGUCCGAAGACUUUCUCAGCGAUAGCAGUUGGCAGGUUCUUCGUGGUCGACGUCGGUUCUAUGCUUGCGUGCAUGUCUUCAUGGGCGCGUUUGUUAUGAGUCUUGUGGGGGCCUGGGCCUAG